GCUUCAUCGCCAACGACCACAACUACUUCUUCUCCUCGAUCUCUCGAAGAGUAUGGAUUUCUACUUCUUCUCCUCGUCGGCGCCGGCGCCGGAGAAGAAGACGAGGCGGCAGCAGCAGCAGCAGCAGCAGCGGGAGCAGGAGGGGGGUGGAGGAGGGAACGAGGCGAGAUACCUCGGCGUGAGGCGGCGGCCGUGGGGCCGGUACGCGGCGGAGAUCAGGGACCCGGCGACCAAGGAGCGGCACUGGCUGGGCACGUUCGACACGGCGGAGGAGGCCGCCGUCGCCUACGACCGCGCCGCCCGCACCAUCCGCGGCGCCGCCGCGCGCACCAACUUCGCCUACCCGGACCUGCCCCCGGGCUCCUCCCUCACGCCCUACCUCUCCCCCGACCUCUCCACCAACGACCUCCACCGCCACUACUACGGCGCCGGCGCCGGCGCCGACACCCAGACCGCCGCCGCGCUGCCGGCGCCGGCUCAGCCCGCACACGGCGGCGACGCCCAGGAAAUGGCUUACGGUGGCGGUGGCGGUCAGAAUGUGGGUGGCGUGUUCGACGUCGUCGGCGGCGGCGGCGGCGCGGCGUGGUGCGACGCGUCGGAGCUGGAGUUCGGCGGGUACGACGACGCGGGCGCGUCGGCGGCGGCGGCGGCGGUGUACUUCGAGGAGGGGUACGUGCACAGCCCGAUGUUCUCGCCGAUGCCCGCGGCCGACGAGGUCGCCGCCGACGGCUUCCAGCUCGGCGGGUCGUCGUCCUCCUCGUAUUACUACUGAGACACGCCGCCGUCGAUCGCCGUCGCCGGCGGAUCGGCGACGGCGGCGAGCGCGCCCGCCGGAGGAUUACGAACGCUUCGGUGUGGCGAGUCGUGUGGCGUCAUGUACGCGUGUUAAUUAACCUCGUGUGUGUUGUCUGCGCGUGUAAUAAUCAGCUGGUCAGUCUUGGUGUGUAUUAAUUCGUGGUUGAGUCCAUUCGGCCCAAUGUUUUGUAAUGGGCCUUGGUUGUUUGUUACUCCUGUGUGGCUGUGUCACUGUGUGUUAGUGUAAAACAUCAGUCGGAAUGCACAUGCUCCUUUGUGUUGCUGCUGGCGCUUCAA